AUAAUAAUCAAUGCCCAUAAGAUCUGCGGAAUUUGCAAUGUGUGUACGCAAAAACAUCGUAUACCCAAAAAGCUACAAAGCGUGCUUUUUAAACGGAUUACUGUAAUCACUCUGGAGAGAUUUAAAUAUAAAGUCAGGUUGAUUUUUUUGCACUUAUGUAAGCAUUAUUAAUUUUGUACAUGAUGCUAACGGAGCUAUUUUUUAAUUCACACUAGAGGAACCCUUUACAACUGUUCUGUUUAAUCUUACUGUGAGAGAGAAAACAAGGCUGUUCCGUGCUAAGAUUAAGUACAAAUCAUUUCUUUUAACGAAUUCCAGUUCUGAAACAAGAAACUACAUCAUUUAUGGUUUUGUCAACAUUCCUUUCCAAGAGACUAAAAAGUUUUUCUUGUGAACGAGGCGUAGAUCGGAACUGCGAAGCAGCAUUACAUAUACACCACACAUUGUUUUUGUUCGUUUUCGAGAGCAAAGCUGGAUAAUUUUUUGGGACAUCGUUGUUCCUUUUUUCUUCGUCAGUUUGGAGAUGCAGGAAAGUAAAGCUCAAAAUGAACCACCAAGUAACGUACGAAAUCAAGUAAGUAACUCACCCGUUUCAAGACAGGGGACAAGGAGACAGCACACUGCGGCAAGUGGGCUUAGGCCAUCACAGCGCUUGUUACCGAACAAUCAGCGCGAAGUUGACCUUGUAUCUUUUGCAGCUGCUUCGACACACGGCGCCCAUUCAACUGAGUAUAACUGGCAGGCUGCAAGGACAACCGUCAAAGAACGUUUAGCAUACAUGUUCAAUAACGAAACGCUUAGUGAUGUUCACUUUAUUUUAGGUAAAGGUGGCGAAGCGCAACGAAUUCCUGCUCAUAAAUUUGUUUUGUCAAUAGGAAGUGUCGUUUUCGAUGCUAUGUUUAAUGGCGGAUUUGGCGAACAGUGCAAUGUAAGUGAGAUAGAAAUUCCUGAUGUUGAACCUCCCGCUUUUCUGUCCUUGCUAAAGUUUUUGUAUUCCGACGAAGUUCAAAUUGGGCCGGAUAACGUGAUGGGUACUCUGUAUGCCGCGAAAAAGUAUGCUGUACCAACUUUAGAAGCUGCUUGUGUUGAAUUUCUUAAAACAAAUCUUCGUGCAGACAAUGCAUUUACGUUGCUUUCCCAAGCUAGACUGUUUGAUGAGCCACAGUUAGCUGAGAUGUGCCUUGCUUGCAUUGAUAAGAACACGGUAGACGCCUUUAAUGCAGAGGGAUUUACUGACAUUGACUCAGAUACGUUGUCAGCUGUGCUAGAAAGGGAUUCAUUGGGUGCAAGAGAAAGCCAGCUUUUUGAAGCAGUUGUAAGGUGGGGUGAUCAUGAAUGCAGGAGACAGAAUAUCCUCAAUUCUGCAGAGCACAAAAGAAACCUACUUGGGGAUGCCUUGUACCUGAUACGGUUUCCAUUGAUGACAUUAGAAGAAUUUGCAAAUCAUGCUGCUCAAUCUGGAAUUUUGACGGACAAGGAAAUUGUCAGCCUGUUCUUACAUUUCACAGUCAAUCCAAAGCCACCAGUCAAGUUUCCUGAUCGCCCUAGAAGAUGUUUGACAGGCAAAGAAAAAUCAGUUGUAAGAUUUUUGAAAACUGAAGCACGUUGGGGCUAUAGUGGAACCAGUGACAGGAUUCGCUUUACAGUAAAUCGAAGAAUUUUUGUAGUUGGUCUUGGACUUUAUGGCUCUAUAAAUUCACCCACUGAUUAUGAUGUAAGCAUACAGAUCAUAAACCCUGACUCUGGUGUUGUUGUUGGAAGUAAUGACACAGCAUUUAGUUGUGAUGGAACAGAUAGUCUAAAUAGAGUUAUGUUUAAGGAACCUGUAGAAGUUCUACCAAACAUUAGUUAUACUGCAUGUGCCACUUUAAAAGGACCAGAUUCAUAUUAUGGAACUAAAGGUCAAAAAAAGAUCACUAUAGAGUUAGCCAACAGAGAGAAAGUGGAGUUCAAAUUUGCUUAUGCUGCUGGGAAUAACAAUGGAACAUCUGUUGAGGAUGGGCAGAUACCAGAAAUAAUAUUCUAUACAUGAAGCAGAAAAUGUUUGUUGGGGUUAACUUACUGAGUAUUGUGUAGCAUGGUGGUUGUAUGUAAAUACUGGCUUUUUGUACUUCAGAAGUACAACUUUUUAGAUUUAAGAAGAGUACAUGGUCUUUACUGUGUUUUCGUUAUGCUCAAUAUAUAACUCAGGGUGUAUGUGUAGGGGCACAAUGAAUGGACUGACAAUUUAAGUUCUACUGGUUUUGUUGUUAUUAGGAUGUGUAUGGGUUGUAGCAUAAUUGCCAUCAAUUUUCUAUCAAUAACUAAUUGCAAUGAUUACAAAUAUUGCCAAAAAUGUUGGUAAUUAUGAGUUGUUGUCAUCAACCUCUUGUUAUCCAAUCCCAACUGUUGUCAGGCUUCCAAAAAAUAGAAGUAUCUGAGCAGUAUAGCUUUGAUCAAAUUUUUCAUUGACGGAGAGAAUUUUCUAACAAAACUGGUAACAGUAUGCAAAGUUAAGUAGAUUAGAGUGAUUGUAGGCCUUUUGCUUGGAUGAUCACCCUCACCAACACCCCCGCAAAAUUACUGGCCCAGGCUAUGUGAUGCCUUUGCAAAACAUGUUUGGUCUGCUUUUUUUGAAAUGUUCCUAUAACAUCUGAUGUGAAUUGAUAAUGAGACAAAGAUUAAUGAAACAAUAGUUUCAAACUGAUUCAGUUCACAUAAUUUCUAUCCCAAGACACAAGCAGAAAGUGCCAGUUUUCAGAAUUGUUUUAAUUCAUGCUGAAUUUUAGCUAUAUUUGUGUUGCUCAUAGGGAGGGAGAUCUUUGGAUGCCUAGAUCUAAAGCCAGUGUACCAUAUAGUAGAGUAAGAGUUAAAGUGAAUGAUAUUUAGAUAGUCUUAAAAACUAGACAUUUGCUUUGUAAAUACACAUAGAAAUUUUCUAUUCAUUGUUUGUUUUUUGACAAGAAUAUAUAUGAUCAAGCUUAGCAACAUUUUUGUUAGAUAUAUUGAAAACAGUAAAGGCAUAAAUGGAAAGCAUAGAGUAGUGAUUUUUAUGUUUCUUGUUUUCAUAGACAAUGAUCUAAAACUUAUCAA